GGAAUGUCACUAUUAAAGUUGUUGAUCCUCUUUGGUUGUGCUUCGGUAGGGUGGUCUGCAUUCAGACAGCCUAGACCACGUGAAGGUUAUAGUUUACCCGAUUUAAUCAGUGUGAGAAAAGAGUUCAAUCAAUAUCAAAUGGAAAACAAGUUAAUUGAGAGGAAUCCUGUGGAAGAGCGAUAUAGGAUACCUGGGUAUAUCAUUCCGUUUCAUUAUUGGAUACAAAUCACGACCGAUGUUCACAACGGUAGUCGACUUUUUAGUGGCAAAGUGGAUAUACAUUUUACUCUGGAUGAGCCGUCGUCUGAGUUAUACGUGCACAGCAGAGCACUUAAUCUUACUAAAGCAGAGCUUUACUUAAUUCCGAUCAAUGGAACCGAUGCUGAUCGUGACUUUCUACAAUAUCUAAACUACUCGUAUGAUCGAGACAGAGAGUUUCUAGAGUUUGUGACAGAGGAUAUCAUGUUACCUUCGGAAAGUUACCUCCUUUGUAUUGAAUACACAGGGUUGUUGAGAACUGACUCCGACGGUUUUUAUAUGGGUGAAUACACGAAUGAUUCAGGAAUAAGGCGUUAUUUUGCAGCGACACAAUUUCAGCCCAUCAGUGCACGAACGGCAUUUCCUUGCUUCGAUGAACCAGCUUUGAAGGCAACGGUGGAUUUACAGAUCAUUCAUCAUCGAAUGUAUAAUGCAACUUCGAAUAUGCCGCUGUUGAGCCAAGAGAAUCCCGAAAAUUUGGAUGACUAUAUUAUAUCUACCUUUGAUAGAACACCAGUUAUGUCGAUUUAUCUCUUAGCUUUCUUAAUUUCGGAUUUUGGAUACGCUGAAGAUGAGUAUCAGCGGGUAUUCGCUAGACCCAAUGCUCUAGAGGAAGUUGAUUUUGCACUAUCAGCUGGAAUAAAAACCUUAAAAGCUCUGGAUAACUAUACUGGGAUUGCAUAUUACAAUUAUAUGCCAAAGCUCGAUCAAGCGGCAAUUCCAGGGUUUGAUGCAGGUGCUAUGGAGAACUGGGGUUUGUGUAAAUAUGGAGAACAAUAUCUUUUGUUCACGCCAUCUGUUACCACUUUUCGUCAGAUCACCUGGAUUGCUACCAUCAUCGCUCAUGAGUAUACUCAUCAAUGGUUUGGCAAUCUAGUGACUAAUGAAUGGUGGAGUUAUCUCUGGCUUAAUGAAGGAUUUGCUACGCUUUAUGAGUACUUUGCAGCUGACCUUACUUUUCCAGAGAAUGAAUUUUUCGAAAUGUUUAAUUUAGAUGUUGUUCAGUGGGCAUUGUACGCCGAUUCACUGGAAGGAACUCGACCAAUGAGUUUUAGCAGAGGAGCAACGGUGUAUGAAAUUGAGAGCUUAUUUGAUUCCAUUGCUUACUCUAAAGCCGGUUCAGUUUUAAACAUGUUUCGGAAUAUAAUUGGUGACACUGCAUGGCGCCAGAUGAUAAGAACUUAUUUGAUGGAAAACCAAUUCCAAUCUGUGAAUCCGGCUAAUCUGAUCUCCGCAAUAGAAUAUGCUGUUAACAGCACCACAAUACCAGAAACAAAUAUAACUUAUGAAGAUUUUGUUACUAGCUGGACCGAGCAAGCAGGGUAUCCGGUUCUGGAAAUACGUCGAAACUAUGCCCUGGGUGAACUAAUUAUAUCACAGGACCGUUUUUUCAACAACAAAAUUGUUAACAAUGAUCCGACUGUUUGGACAGUCCCAUACAACUUGGCAGAUCAAACAACGGCUGAUUUCGAUAACCUUGAUUGGAAUUGGCUGACGAGUAGAGCAGUUCGACUAUCGACUAAUGUAUCAGAUCAAAACUGGAUUAUCGCAAAUAAGCAACAAAUUGGAUUUUAUCGCGUUAAUUACGAUGUCCGAAAUUGGUAUCUUAUCACUAAUGCAUUGCGUGAGAAUUACACCACUGUGCAUAAACUGAACCGCGCUCAACUGUUAGACGAUAGCUUUGAGUUAGCACAAUCGAAUCGUGUGGAUAUAGAAAUUGUUUUGGAGUUGAUGUUGUACCUGGAAAAUGAACUGGAAUACCACCCUUGGACCGCAGCAAGUGUAAUUUUAAACUACUUCUAUGGCCGACUCCGUGGAACGGAAAACUCUGCGAACUAUCAACGCUUUAUAACGCACUUGAUUACACGAGUCUAUGAAACUCUUUCGAUUGAUUUUGUUGACGAUGAUGAAUCUCAUUUGCAUAAAUACUUGAAGCAAACUAUAUCGACAUGGGCGUGUACAGUUGGUGUUGAAGAUUGUCUAGAGCGAACUCGCACAUUGCUAUUGGAAGUGGUGGAAGACAAUGGCACGGUACAUCCAGAUAUUUCUGCUGUAACUUACUGUUUUGGUCUAAAAAAUUCUACUACACAAGCGUUCGUUUAUGUGUACAACCUGAUGAAAGAAUCUACUAAUAAAGUCCAGCGAACAAUUCUUAUUGACGCAUUGGCAUGCGCUGACGACAAGGAGCAGUUAAUUGCACUGUUGUUAACAGCGAUUGGGGGAGAAGUUCAAGUUAAUUAUUCGAAGGCCGAAAGAAGGAGAGUACUCAAUUCCGUUGCCAACAGUAGCAGACAAGGUGUAGAUGCAUUAAUUGAUUUUCUUAUCGAUCUCUACGUUUACGUCAUUGACAUUAUCGGCCAAAGUGCUUUAAAUAGCGCAAUUUUAACAAUUGCCAACUGGACUAAUAAUGAGGAGGAAUUAGAUCGGUUGGAACUACUUUUGGAGUCACUUGGAAACGCAAUACCACCGCCAAUAGUUCAAGCGGCUCGAUCAACUGCAGCUGGUAAUUUAGCUUGGCCAUCAACACGAGAAGGACUAAUCGUAUCGACAUUCUUGGAAAACUUCGAUUAGAUUUAUAGCUGUCUGACAAAAGAAGCAUCUAAAAAAUAAAUGCUCUGCAGAAUUCAAGAAAGUCAAAGAUACAAAUAUCGAAAAAUUAAAUAACGCAUUUUAAUGUGGAUACCGUCUGCCGGAGUGAGAUUGUGUCAAAAAAUUAUGCUUUUUUGUUCCUCAGCUUGUAACGCAUACUUUAAAGCAAUGAAUUCGAUCCAA